UCUGCUUACAUCGAAGAGAUCCAAGUAAGAAGGGCAAAAAGUGAACGUGUUUUGAUGUGUUGGGAGUUAUGCUGAAGUCUGAAAGUUGUGUUAAGUUCAGCCCAUUCAAGGCAUUUUUACAGAAGGAUGAGUUAAUUUUUCAAUGGGAAAGUCAUGAAAUGGAAUGUGUGGCAGCAUAGUUGAUCCCCUGCACACAGUGGUUUGUGAAACUUGUCCAAGUGAAGAGCAGCGAGCAUGGACAUGGAAGACUUUCCUCCACCGCCUCCUGAAAUGUUGGCAGACAGUGUCGCAUAUGAAGAUGAAGAUGAGGGAGAAGCUUUUGACUUUGAUGAUAGUGGCGAUGACUUCCCUAAGGCGCCCCCCCCUCCCCAAGCCCUCCCUGGCAUGGAACAGAGCCGAGAUGACCCAGUGAGCUGUCAGCCCGUGGUUCCCCCCCCGCCGGCAUCUCCCUGCGCUUCCAACACAGCGCAGUCCCCACCAGACACAACUGCUGCCACCGGCCAAUCCUCUUUGGGAGGUGGAACCACAACAGAAGGAGAGGGGACGUUUGCAGAAGUGGGGGUUAAUGAUGAUGAAAAAGAUUUGCCGCCACCUCCAUCUCCAUCUCCACCCCUUCCCCUCGCUGAUGACAUACAGAUAAAUCCUGGAGACACAGGCAUUAAAGAGCAGAUUGCAUCCAGGAAUGACCCUGACCCAGCACAGGCCGCCCAUAAGACCUCCUCUCAGGGCAAAGUAAACCCCUACUCUGUGAUUGACAUCGCUCCCAUCCAGCCGCAGCAGCCAGGGCAGCAGCUGGGGUCCUCCUCUUCCACUUCGUCAGCUACGGAAACAAAAGAACGAGAGGGACAAGGCCAGGAUAGCCACACUGGCUCUGCUGGCAUUACUUCAGGAUACUCUGUGCCAGUGCCAUGUGGCUAUGCUACGCCUUCAGGUGUACCCCUCAUCACACCAGCCUACACCACCCCAGUCAUCAUUCGACAUCUCUCCAUGGACGAAGAUGUGACAGUAGUUGGGAAUAGCAACACCUCCGCUGACAGUGUUUUCAGUGAAGAGUAUGCCCCUAUUACAGAGGAGGAUGCUUUGGCUAAAUGGGCCUCUGAUCCUGCCAACACUGCGUGGAUGGAAAAUCCAGAUGAGGUGAUCUAUGAUGAUGUGCCCAGAGAGAACUCUGACUCCAACACGGAUCCAGAUGAAAUGAUCUAUGAUGAUGUAGAGCUUGGGGAGGAGGGUGGCUGUAAUAGUUCCCUUGAUACUGGCUGGAGCUCCAGUGAGUUUGAAAGCUACGAUGAAGCCAGCGAUGAAGAAGGUCGCCAUGAGAAUGGCCUCCCCCACGCCUUCAUGAGGGGCAAACCACCUCAGAGGAAGACCCAUCUCUCUCAAGAUUUGACACGCUUGAAAGAACACUAUGAGAAAAAGAUGAAAGAUCUAAUGGCAAAUACAGUGGGAACUGUAGAGCUGCAGCAGCUAAAACAGAAACACGAGCAGAAGAUGCAAAAGAUUGUGAGGGCAGCUAAGGAAGGGACCAAAGACGGGCUCGAGAAAACCAAAGCUGCAGUAAAAAAAGGACGAUCAUUUAUCAAAACCAAGUCAUUCUGUCACGAGAGGAAAUCUGCCUGCUUUGAGAGUGAGGAGAGUGAACUCUUCAUUGAGGUGGACUGUUUCAACGUUGAGCCGGUGUUGUGUCCGGCACCAGAAGGUCUCUCACAGCAGCAGCUUGUGAGGAGAUGUAUACUGGAAUCUAUUUUGGAGAGUGAAAAGAAUUAUCUUGAUGCUCUUAAGAGGAUAUUGGAGCAAUAUGAAAAGCCCCUGUCCCAGAUUGAGCCCAGGCUGCUGAGCGACAGGAAGCUGAAGAUGACCUUUCACCGUGUGCGUGAGAUCCUGCAGUGCCACUUCCUGUUCCAGAUUGCACUGGCAAGUCGUGUGGCUGAGUGGGACAGCCUGGAGAUGAUUGGUGAUGUCUUCGUGGCAUCAUUUUCAAAGUCCAUGGUGCUCGAUGCCUACAGUGAAUAUGUGAACAACUUCAGCACUGCAAUGGCCGUUGUAAGGAAGACGUGCGCCGCAAAACCUGGUUUCCUGGAGUUUCUCAAGCAUCGUCAGGAGACCAGCACUGACCGAAUGACUCUUUAUGGUCUGAUGAUGAAACCUAUUCAGAGAUUCCCCCAGUUUAUUUUGCUCCUUCAGGACAUGCUGAAGAACACACCGGUGGGUCAUGCAGACCGUCUGCCCCUGCAGAUGGCCUUGACUGAACUGGAGACGUUGGCUGAAAAGCUCAACGAAAAGAAGCGGGAGGCUGACCAGCGCUGUGAGAUCCGCCACAUCGCAAAGGCCAUGAAUGAACGCUACCUUAAUAAGCUUCUUAGUAAUGGCAGCCGCUACCUGAUUCGCUCAGACGACAUGGUAGAGACGGUCUACAAUGAGCGUGGUGAAAUAAUCAAAACCAAGGAGCGACGGCUCUUUCUGCUCAAUGAUGUCCUCAUGUGUGCCACGCCCAAUAUCCGAUGUCAGGAUGGCAGUGGGAGUGGAAGUGGAAGUGCUCCACUCGACCAGAAGUUCCUCUUAAAAUGGAGUGUGCCCUUGAGCUUUGUGGAUGUGGUAGAGUUUGGAUCCUGUGAGGACAUGGUCGACAACACUCGCUACCCAGCCCCUCAUUCGGGGGAAAAGGUGGUGAUCAACGCUAAGCCAAAUAAACUGUACAUGGGCCCGGGUCAGCUGUACCAAGAUCUGCAGAACCUAAUCCACGAUCUCAGUUUGGUCAACCAGAUCGCCAGCAUGAUCAGCAGCCUCAAAGGAAACUACCAGAAUGUAAAUCCCACCGUGGCACAGGACUGGGUAUCAGGCCUACAGAGACUGAUUCUGAAAAAGGAAGAGGAGAUCAGGGCGGCUGACCGGUGCAGGAUCCAGCUCCAGCUGCCUGGAAAACAAGACAAGAUGGGUAAACCCACAUACUUCAGUGCAGUGUUCAAUACACUCAGCCCAGCCAUCAAACAGUCAUGGAUCAGUAACUUGCAGAUGGCCAAGCUGGCUCUAGAGGAGGACAAUCUGCAGGGCUGGGUCUUUGCAGAAGAUGAUGGGAAUCAAAUUAAAAAGCAGAAGCACCCACUCUUGCUUCGACAAAUGCCUGUAGUAAUGUCAAAACUACAGGAGUUCAAGGUGGAAUGUGCUGUUCACAAUCCAGAGCCUCACAUCAACACAGAAAGCACAGCAGACACCCCUGUUGUGGGCCAUGGAUGUGUAUGGGUUGCAAGUUGUACCAACCAAAUGGGCCAAAUAGCCAUAGUGGCUAUGCAGAACUCCAGCCCCAAAGUGACAGAAUGUUUCAAUGUGGAGUCUCGGAUCCUCUGCAUGGCUUUCGUCCCAACAGAGCAACCUGAGGAGAAUGGGGAAAAUGUCCCUGAGAGCACCCAUGUUCCCCUAGGGAAGCCCAGUGAGACUCCCAGUGUCUGUUUAGGCAUGGAGGAGGGCAGUGUCAUUGUGUAUAAGAGCAGUCAGCGGUCCAAGAAAGUACGUCUGCAGCAUUUCUUCACCCCAGACAAGUCCACUGUCACCAGUCUGGUUUAUAAGAAGCCCUGUCUGUACGCCGGCCUGGUCAGCGGCUCAGUGGCAGUUUAUUCCAGAUCACAAGAUGGCUUGUGGAGCUGUGACAAACCUAAGUUGCUGAAGCUUGGAGUCCUCCCCGUUAAGGCCAUGCUGGCUGUGGAGGAACAUCUAUGGGCCUCAUCGGGUGGACAGGUCUUCAUUAUCAGCACCCACACACACUGUAUAGAGAGGCAGCUGGAGGCCCACCAGGAAGAGGGCAUGGUGGUGUCUCACAUGGUGGUGGCCGGGGUGGGGAUCUGGAUCGCGUUCAGCUCUGGCUCCUCGCUGCGCCUCUUCCACACUGAGACCUUGGAACACCUGCAGGACAUAAACAUCGCCACUCCUGUGAACAACAUACUACCUGGGAACCAGAGGAUCUCGGUGAGCAGUCUGCUGGUGUGCCACGGCCUGCUGCUGGUGGGGACCAACCUGGGGGUGACGGUGGCUCUGUCCGUGCCCAGGCUGCAGGGUAUCCCCAAAGUAACAGGCCGGGGCAUGGUCUCCUUACACGCACACAGUGGACCGGUCAAGUUCCUCACCAUGGCCGCUCCGGUGUGUAACCGCCCGCCUGGUCUGCAGGCUCAUCCUCCUCCUCCUCUUCCUCCUCCUCCUCCUCCUGCCUCGCUCCAGUCCGCAGAGGCCCAGGAUGUGGAGAGCACGCAGCCCCCCCCAGAUUCGACCCUCACCCCCGGGCAGGGACGGGGCGUGUGGCUGGGAGAGUCGGGCUGCACCAGCAUGGCCCUGCAGGACUCUCUGUCCACCUCCUCCUGCGGGUCCCUGGCCCCCUCCCAGGGCUCUCUGGAGCACGGGCCCGAGGACGGCGCCCUCUACGACGUGCUCCACGACCCCGCCCACCAGCAGAGAGGCCGGCGCUCCAGCAAAGUGGACGUCAGCUCCCUGCUGGUGGUGUCCGGAGGCCUGGGCCACCGCAGGGUCAACAAGAAAACCAAACCGUCUCGCCACGAGGACACUACGUCCAGCAUCAUGAUCUGGCAGAUCCCCUUACUGAACAUGUGACACAUCUGCAUAAGAAUCUUACGUUUUUUUUUAAACUUAAAAGUGCUGCACGGCUCUCACCAGGAGGUCAGAUGUUACAUUUGAGAGUAUUUUAAAGCAAUCAAAAACAACUACAUGUCUUAUUUAAACCAGAACUACAUCAACGAGGAGGAAGAGCUGGUAAAACAAAGAAUGGACAAACGCCACUCGAUCAUGAUGCCAGAGCACGAAGCGGCCACUGACCAGUCCAGGAUAAACUUUGCCUACUGAGGAUUUACUUUGAAAUCACUGAAAGGCCGCUAAUGGCGUUGUUGUGUAACACGGCUAACACGCGUAACCUCUGGCGAAUACGUGUGAGGGAAGAUCUUUGUUUGUGUGGAAUCAGUUUUUAAAAAAUGUGUUUACCAAUAUUCUGCUAACCGAAACAAGGAGGGAAAAGUAGGCCAAACACUGAUGGGUGACUUAGUUUGUGAAGGAUGAAAGGUUUCACUGGCUGGCCAGGUUUCCUUUCAUAAAGGGAGGACAACUAGUUAUCACCAAGAUAUUUUUUUCUAUCCUAAAGCAUCAUUAUUUCUCAUGUAAGAAUAUUAAAAAAAAGAUAAGAUUUAUACUUUUGUGACUCUUGUAUGUAUGUAUUAUGUACCAUAAUACUGUAUAUUAACAAAUCCAUAAACAAUGUUUUAUUGAGA